CUAUCGAUCUCUUUUUUAAAAUAAGUGUUUCAUUUUUAAAUUUCACAACUUUAAAACUUCCUUGAAACAUUAUACUUUGCUUACCCUUAUUUAUCUUGUCACUGAAAAUUAAGUGUAAAUAGAAAAUAAAGCAUUAAAAAUUUUCGAAAAAUAAAAAUUAUUCCAAAAACAUUUAUUCUACGCCGGUUACGCUUCAAGGUGUUGUGAAAAUACGAAUUGGGUGUUAAAUAUUCUAAAUAUUAUAUUUUGUAAAAGAAAAGGCCUCAACCUUCUGUUUGGUCGAGCUACGAAAAAUCAAUAAAUCCUGCAGUGCGUUGCUAAGUUGCAAUUACGUAUCUAUGCAUUAGCCUAAAUUCAUUGUAAAAUGAAACCUAUGCACUAUGUUUGAAGCUUUACAGAGAAAAUGAUGGAAGGAAUGUUGACCCAAAGAGUAACACCGCUUUUAAAAUGUGUCGUUUUAUUUUUGUUCAUUUUCACUGCGAAAGUAUUAACGUCACGACCUCAAGAAUCUCACGACACGAAAAACAACAUACAUCAUAUAAAAGCCUCUCACUAUGUGAGGACUUUUACCAAGUACCAUCACAGAAGAAGUAUUCAGUGGAACAAUAUGCAAGAUUUAGCUGACUACUGGCCUAUCCAAGACCAGCCCAAGGUCAUAGGUAAAAGAAGUGUAGAUACAAUUAGUGCAAAUGAUUUUGUGAGCGGUGUUGAUCACGAUUUAAAUCAACUUGUUUCUGAGUCUGUGAGGAACAACAUUGUGGGUUCAUUUGAGAAAAAUGCUGUCAGUUCAAAUAAGGAAGAUGCUGGAGUUCAAAAUACGGUAUCAAGCCAAGUGAAACAGUACAAAGUGAAGGCAGCUAUGAUUGUUACUGAUGCUCCAACUACAAAAGGGCCAACAAUAUCAUGCCUUUAUAAGAUUCAUAAUGUAGCUAUGAGUGUUACACCUUCCUAUGAUGAUGAGAAGAAUGCUCAAUUAGUUGUUGAAAAUGAAAUAUUUGAUACUCCUGGCACCCUGUCUGAGACAACACUGCCAAGUGGUGAAGUGGCCCAGGUAGAGCAUUGCUCUGACCCUCGAGCUUUCUGCUAUACACUCUGGCAUCAAGACAAGGAGGGCAAUAUUACAGUAAUGGGUCAAGGUUGUUGGCGUUCUUCUCAAACAGAGGGCUGUGACAAAUGUACUAGAGUGACAGCCCGUCUGCCGGGCAGCAAAUUCUGUUGUUGUACUAAAAACUAUUGUAAUGCUGAUUUCCUUUCCCUAAAAGAAGAAAUGGUAACUGUUAAAGCGGAGUCCACAAUGAGCAGUUCCUCGCAACAACCAAAGUAUCCAAGUAUUGUUGCUUCAGGCAUCUUAGCUCUAGUUUCGGUGCUGGUAAUAGCCAUAAUGUGUAGGAACAUAUACUGCAGAAAGACACUUGUGAAGGAUGAUUUAAGUGACGCUACCGAUGUUGAGAAAGGUGAUGUCAUGGGAAGUGGUCCAGAUGCAUUAGCAACGGGUUUGCUAUGUGUGGAUAACCUUAAUCUUAUUGAACAUAUAGGUCAGGGUAAGUUUGGGUCUGUGUGGCGCGGAACGUUAGGCUCAACGCCGGUUGCUGUCAAACUUUACAGCAACGCUUCCGCCUGGCACAAAGAGGCGACAAUAUAUGGCAUGCCCCAUCUUGCACACCCUAAUCUACUGCGAUACUAUGGCAGCGAGACCAGGUCCACGAUGAUGGAGGGUGUGGGUCGCGAGCACCUCGUUGUACUAGAGUUGUGCUCGAGUACAUUGCGCGCGCGGCUCGAGCGAGCGCCUCUCACUUGGUUGGAGUUCGCAACGCUUGCGCACGGCCUCGCCGCCGCACUCGCACAUCUACAUACCGCCAGCGGUAGCAAGCCUUGCGUGGUGCAUCGCGACGUGAACAGCAACAAUGUGCUGGUGUCUGUGGACGGACGCGCAAGACUCGCCGACCUCGGCCUCGCGCAGCCACUGCCCCCGCGCCGCGACCGCGCUCCUCCCACCACUAUCACUGAGGCAGGAACUCUCCGCUACUUAUCGCCUGAAGCAUUAGAAGGCGCGUUGGAUCUGAGCGGUGCGCGUGCGGCUCUGUGCGCGGUGGAUGUGUUCGCGCUGGCGCUGGUGCUGUGGGAGAUGCUGUGGCGGUGCGCAGGCGCACACCCCGCCCGCGCCCCGCCCUACGCCCCGCCCUACCAUCACCUCGGCCUGCCCCCUCAACCUACGCUUGCACAGAUGCAGAGUCUAGUUUCCCGCAACAAGGCUCGUCCGCCGCUACCCAAAGGUCCAGUGCCUGAGUCGCGCGCGCUCAAGAUAGCCACCGACACUUGCGAUGAAUGCUGGGAUCAUGAUGCAGAGGCGAGAUUAACGGCGGUGUGCGUUGAGGAACGUAUGUCAGAACUGAAGAUGAUGUUAUUGGUACAAGGUCCUGUCAUACACGACAAUAACUUGCACCCGCAUAUACAGGGAGAUUCAAACAUACCAUCGACGCCGGAAACUGACAAGAAUUCAAACUGCACGGCGGCUCACAAUGGUGACGUCAGCACUCCCCUCUUGUACACGCAGCCGCACAUCGGCCGCAAUGCGUGCAUAGAGCGCAACACGCACACGCACGAAGCGCACGCGCACGCGCACACCGCACACCUCGUACACAAGAGUCUCAAGGACAUCGCCGCAGACGCGCACGUGCACGCGCCGCAAACACAAAAUGUACUCGAAAACUGCCUCUCCGUAGCCAGAGUUAGCAGAAACACAAUGUUAGCACAAGAAAACUCGGACAGGUUCAACGAAAUACGAUCCUAUCAAAGACCACUGGAGUACGUACCCAAUGACGUCAGCUCCCAUGAUGUAGAUCGAAGACCGAAACAAACGAAUCUCCUCCAAGAUUUGAAAACAGAAAAACCGAGAUGGGGUAUACGAAAGUUCUUCGAACGGAAACUAGGCAGAGUCGCAAAACCUCUAGAAACUGAAGUGAAAUUAAUCGCCGAAGGAUCUGCCAAUAGUUCGUUACAAAAUGGUAGAACAAAAACUUCUCUAAUAGAUAAACCGAACAAUAUUACAUUCGAUAGACCUACGAAUUUAAUUUUAAAUCAGAGCGGGUCAUACAAUUUUGAAGGACCUUGCACUCUAUCCCCUCCAAAUCGAACUUUAUCGCCCACGAUGAUGAUGGAAUCGGAGAAUCGAGAUAGAGUCUUCAAGGAAUUACCUUCGAGGGACGAAAAAGAAUCGAGGAAUCAAAUAUUUGCCGUCAUAGUUCCCAAAGCGAAACCGGCCGAUGUCGGAAAUAUGAGCAAAACGUCGCGAGGGAGCUCCGAGAGUUUGAACAAAAAUUCAAUUCGUACUUCAAUGUCCUCGCAGAGUAAUUUCAAAGCAGGCAAUUCGGAAUCCGAGGAUUCUACGGCGAAGAAGAGACUCAGCUGCGAUAACAGAAUCAUAUCUAACUCGUCAAAUAGCGGACGAUCUUCUAGAGCGAGUAUUAAUCUAGAACUUCAGUACAUCGAUACUAAUCAUACGGAACAAAACGAUAGUCCUUUCGAUAUACAUUCUGAUUGUUCGAGCAGCGAGGACGAGAAUCUCAUGUUGUUAUCCGAAAACGGCGGCUCAAAAAUCACAAUGCAGACGAUUCCGAAAAUCGAGAACGACAAGAAACGUCAACAGAACGAAGUUCUCAAAGAGACCGGUCAAACGAAAACCGAUUACGGAUUUAACAAAUAUGCCAACAAGUAUGCGAACUUCGAUAACGAAUUCAGCGAUCCGAAUGACAAGGAGAACGCUGUUAAUGGAUACAGCGGGGAUAAUCCUGUAUAUUUAGCCGCUUUGAAUGGAGAAAUCGAUACUACGGAUUUUAAAUAUCUCACACCACCAACUGAUAAUGGUGAAAGUAGCCCAAAAUCACCGAAACCGUCUUUAAAAUCUUUAUCUAUAAAACGACAACAUUCCUUAGAACACGUCAGUGAAAUAUUCUCGUCAUCGGGAAGUGUGAAUUUACAAAACCCCGCGGGUCGUGUGAAGACGCCCGGGGACUUGCCGGUGGCGGUGCGGCGCGCGAGGCGAGACAGAGCGCUGCAGAAAGGCCGCGCGAGUGAGUGCAACAGACUGAGUCUAUACGAUGACAGAAUGAUGUUCGGCAAUAGCUUGUAACUUUCCUCUAUUUUUAACUUAUAAUUAUUGUUAAUGUGAUAAUUUUAUGUCUGUAUUUGUCCUUUUUCUAUCGCUAU